GUGAAAAGGGCUCUUAAUUCCAAAAAAAAAGUAUUGAUAAAAAAAAUCUGCUCUACUCCAAUAGAGAGUGUCAAAAACAGCAGCAAAUCAACUACGUGAUAGGGCUGCAGAAGAGCAAGAGUGCUGUAAUGUAAGCAUUGGUCAUGAAGUCCCAGGAACAACAAAUAACCCUAUAGACUACCUUCAAAAGCUCGCAAAAUUGGCUCAAGAAUCAGGCAACAGAUUUGGAGAAGCACAGGCAUAUAGCAACCUUGGCAUGGCUUAUUACCGUCUCGGGCAUUUUGAAAAAGCCAUUCCCUGCUUUCAGCGUCAUGUAAUUAUUGCUAAUAGAUUGGGAGACAGGAUUCGAGAAGGUAAUGCCUGUGGGAAUCUUGGCAGUGCCCUUUACAAACUUGGGGAUUUUAAAACAGCCAUAAAAUACAAUGAGCUCCAUCUUGAAAUUUCCAAAGAACUGGGGGACAGAGCCAGAGAAGGACACGCGUGUGGUGAUAUUGGGGUCGCUUAUUGCGGUCUCAAAGAUUUUGAAACGGCCGUAGUUUAUCUUGAACUCCAACUGACAAUUGCCAAGGAAGUGGGAAAUAGAGCUGAAGAAGAACGUGCGUGCCGCAAUCUUGGCCAAAGUUACAACAUUCUCGGAGAUUUUAGAAAGGCCAUAAACUUCAACGAACUCGGCUUAAAAAUUGCGAAAGAACUGGGAGACAGGAUAGGAGAAGAAAACAUCUAUGGCAAUCUUGGCAUCGUUUACAGCAAUCUCGGAGAUUUCACAAAAGCCAAGGACGCAUGCGAACAGCAUCUGAAAAUUGCAAAAGAAGUAGGGGACAGAAUAGGAGAGGGGAACGCCUAUGGUAAUCUGGGACAUGUUUAUAGCAGUCUCGGAGAUUGCAGAAAAGCCAAAGACGUUUUCGAGAAGCAACUGAAAAUUGCAAAAGAAGAAGGCGACAAGACAGGAGAAGGAAACGCCUAUAGCAGUCUUGGCAACAUUUAUUUCACUCAAGGAUAUUUUAUAAAGGCCGUAGACUACUAUGAACGCCACCUUCAAAUUUCAAAAGAAUUGGAAGACAAACUUGGAGAGGGAAAUUGCUAUGGAAAUCUUGGCCUGGUUUAUCAUGAUAUGGGAGAUUUUAAAACAGCAAUAGACUAUUUGAAACUCCAUCUUAACAUUUCCAGAGAACUACGAAACUUGAGUGGAGAAGGAAGAGCAUAUGGUAACCUUGGCAACUCGUAUCACAUGCUCUCGGAUUUCGAAAACGCCAUAGAUUCCCUUGAACUGAGUCUAAAAAUUGCCAAACAAAUAGGAGCAAAGCCUGGAGAAGCAAGUUCUUAUGGCAAUCUUGGCGUCGUUUAUCACAAACUCGGGGAUUUCGAAAAAGCCAUAGAGUAUUAUGAACUCCAACUCAAAAUUGCCAAAGAUGUAGGAGACAGGACUUCAGAAGCAAAUGGGUAUGGCAGUAUUGGCCAAGCUCACUGCUGUCUCGGAAAUUUCCAAAACGCCAUCUACUAUCACGAAUUAGGUCUUGAAAUUGCCAAAAAUGUUGAAGACAGACAGGGUGAGGCAGAAAUGCUUUAUGGCCUUGGAUCUGCCUUUGAAGCACAGGGCAUUUUAUCCCAGGCAGUUGAUUACUAUCAGUCAAGUGUGAAAAAAUUAAAUGAUAUUAGGGCUGAUCUUCAGCUAAAAGAUGACUGGAAAAUUAGUUUCCGUCAGUUUAGCGAAACUGUGUACGCAAGUUUAUGGUGUACAUUGUUAAAACAAGGCAAGGUUGUCGACAGCCUCGCCGCUGCUGAGCAAGGACGAGCACAAGCCUUGAAAGAUCUGAUGAAGGCAAAGUACAGUAUCCAGCCACCGUACGUUGAAUCAGAUACAAUGGAAGAAGAGAUCAGCUCCACGUCGAGAUGUAUGCCACCAAAUACAAUUUUCAUAGCACUUGGCAAACAAGAAAUCGUCUUCUGGGUGAGCCAGGAAGGAAACGAUGUCAAGUUGAGAAGGAAGGAGAUCGUUGAGAAAUCUUCGGUGGAUGAUGUGACGACAUUUUUGCAGUCCUUGGCACAAGAGACUCGGAAAGAAAUUGAUGUGCGGGCUGAUGUGAAGUGCGAAGAUCGCUCACUAGAGUUGAGAGACGAAACGCCCACAAAUGACACAUCAGAUGAACAAGCAGGAUCCCCAUCGUUGCAUCUUAACCAAACGUCCUUAAAGAAAUUUUACGAUCUGAUCAUUAGUCCUAUUGCGGACUUAAUUCGUGGUAACGAACUUACACUUGUUCCCGAAGGUCCACUGUGUUUGGUUCCGUACGCGGCAUUCAUGGAUACUAAUUCCAAGUACUUGAGUGAAUCUUUCAGAAUCCGAAUGAUUCCAUCCCUGCUUAGUUUGAAACUGAUCACAGAUUGUCCAGUUGAUUACCACUGCAAGACUGGGGCUCUGCUUGUCGGAGAUCCGUGGGUACAAGAAGUUAAAUAUCAGAGAAGAAAGCUUCGCCAGUUACCGUUCGCCAAAAAGGAAGUAGAGAUGAUCGGACGAAUACUCGACAUCGAGCCUCUCACUGGAACCGAGGCGACAAAGGAUGCAGUGUUACAACGAAUCUCCUCGGUGGCCUUAGUACACAUUGCAGCUCAUGGUCGCAUAGAGACCGGCGAAAUAGCCUUGGCACCAAGUCCUACACGGGCAACCGGGCGUCCAAAGGAGAAAGACUAUCUUUUGACAAUGGAAGAUGUUCUGAAUGCUAGGCUGCAAGCAAGACUGGUUGUACUGAGUUGCUGUCAUAGUGGCCGUGGAGAGAUUAAAGCUGAGGGUGUGGUUGGUAUCGCACGCGCGUUUUUGGGAGCCGGUGCUCGUUCUGUUCUGGUGUCAUUAUGGGCGAUUGAUGACGCAGCCACUCUGGAGUUCAUGAAGAGCUUCUACCAACACUUGGUCGAAGGGAAAAGUGCCAGUGAAGCUAUGAACCGAGCCAUGAAGUCUAUGAGAGAAUCUGAAGAGUUCAGUGGAGUGAAAUACUGGGCCCCGUUCGUACUUAUCGGUGAUGACGUCACAUUGGAAUUUGGAGCAACCAAUCGGUUAUCUUGAAUUGUGUGACUAAGACGUUGUGUUUACAUAGCUGCCUACCUUCAUUUUGGAACACUGUACCUGACUAAACCAGGACCUGUAUGUAGAGGAACUCUUACAAUAUAAAACUUUAAGUAUUAUUGCCGAUCAAGGCUUUAAUGUCUGAAGGGAAAUUAACAGCAAUGAGAGCUUCACAAUAGUUUGCUUAGUUUGACGUGGCGUUCUUAAUUCUAGUUCCCAGUUUCCUCUGUGCAACGUGCCUGCAGUGCAUCAUGGUAGCUGCAUCGAACAGUUUGCAAGUUUACUCGUUAACCUUAUUAAGAAGUCUGUUUUGCGCAAAGCACUGUUCCAUCCUUUUAUGUCUUCGUUCCCGAAAUUCUUCAUUGCAAGAUCUGAAAAUGGCCGCCCCUUGAAAACACUUAUGCUAUGUUGAAAUAUAACGACCAUGAUGCACUGCGGGCGGCUCUUACCGGCAUCGUGCAGGUAUUAGCAAUACUUGUUCGCUGUUCAUUCGGAGUGGUGUACGUUUGACGUAAAAAGGUAUUUUGGUACAAAAAAAAGAAAAAAAGUUAACGAGCAUUAGUCUGUGUAAAGACACUUUAUGCUCUUUUUAGGUACUGUUUAUAUGAUAUAAGGGUCUUUAAAUCGCAUAGAGUUGUUAAGUAGAAGAACGCUCUCCGUAAAGAAAUAGUAGAAGCUAGAAGAGGCCAACAAUAUCAAUAUUUGUAAAACCAAAUUAAGUAGAAUUUAAAAAGAAAUAAGUUACAGUUACAUUUUUAGUGUUUAUAACAAAAGUGAAAAGGUGUAAGUUUUUGUAACUAAUGUUUUGAUCUGUAAUUUUGUUAUUCAAUUUUUUUUAGGAUAUGUCCACGGUACGAUAAGUGCAACCUUUCGUAACAAACGUAUUGUCUUUUCUCGCAGCCAGGUUGAAAUUGUUUCUUUUCCUCCAAAGUAAUAAUAGUUCAUCUUUAAUAUACUUUUGCUACAAAACUUCAAAGGAACGUUUGUUGCUGAAUUAUACAUUGAUAAGUUGGCUGUACUAUACUGUACUGUACUGUACUGCACUGUACUGUACUGUACUGUACUGCACUGUA